UUGAGCCCUCCAGCUCUCGCCCAGACGGCAGAAAAUGCCUGCACACGCCUUGCCGAUCGGCGUCUCUGUAUCACGGCACGUCGGACACGGCAUCGCACACGUCAUCGCCGCAACCAUUUUCCGUAUAAAUUUGCGGCAGCUAAAGAGGAGAGUACAAACGUGGUACCAAUCCCGGUUGUCGUCGUCUCCCAUUUGCUCCGGGGUACCGUUUGAGUCGGGCCAGCUCAGAAUCGAAGAACCACAGGAAGUCUUCCCUUUAGUUUUCUUGCGUUUGCAGCAGGGAUCGCCAGCAGCCAUGGGCGAGGAAGCCGCGGCGGUGAAGCCCGCGACGACGACGGCGCCGCCUCACUUGCUGCUGAUAUGCUUCCCGGGGCAGGGCCACGUGAACCCGAUGCUCCGGCUGGCGAAGCGGUUCGCGGCCAAGGGCCUCCUGGUCACCUUCUCCUCGACCUCCGACGUGGGGGCCAAGAUCACGGCGUCCUCCGGCGUCGAAGCCGGCGGCGACGGCGUGGCCCUGGGCCUGGGCCGCAUCCGGUUCGAGUUCCUGGACGACCAUUUCGACGGGAAGGAUCUGGACGACCUGAUGCGGCACCUGGAGACGACCGGGCCCCCGGCCUUCGCCGCCCUGAUCGCGCGCCAGGCCGACGCGGGGCGGCCCGUGGCGUGCGUCGUGGGCAACCCGUUCCUCCCCUGGGCCCUCGACGUGGCCCACGACGCCGGCAUCCCGGCCGCCGUGCUCUGGGUGCAGUCGUGCGCCGUCUUCUCGCUCUACUACCACCACGUGCACGGGCUCGUCGAGUUCCCCGCGGAGGACGACAUGGAAGCACGCGUCGAGCUCCCGGGGCUGCCGGCCAUGUCGGUCGCUGACGUGCCGUCGUUCCUCCUGCCGUCGAACCCUUACAAGCUCCUGACCGACGCGAUCCUCAACCAGUUCCGCACCAUCCACAAGGCGUCCUGGGUGUUCGUCAACUCCUUCACGGAGCUGGAGCGCGCCGCGGUGGACGCGCUCCCUGGCGUGAUCCCGGCCCCGCCGCCGCUCAUCCCCGUGGGUCCUCUCGUGGAACUCGAGGAUGCCGAUGCCGUGCGCGGCGACAUGAUCAGGGCGGCCGAGGACUGCGCCGGGUGGCUUGACGCGCACCCGCCGCGCUCCGUGGUGUACGCCUCGCUGGGCAGCGUGGUGGUGCUGUCGGCGGAGGAGGUGGCCGAGAUGGCGCACGGGCUGGCGUCCACGGGGCGGCCGUUCCUGUGGGUGGUGCGGCCCGACUGCAGCGCGAUGCUGCCGGACGGGUUCGUGGACGCCGUGGCCGGGCGCGGGCUCGUGGUGCCAUGGAGCCCGCAGGACGUGGUGCUGGCGCACCCGGCCACGGCGUGCUUCCUCACGCACUGCGGAUGGAACUCCACGCUGGAGACGGUCGCCGCGGGGGUGCCCGUGGUGGCGUUCCCGCAGUGGGGCGACCAGUGCACGGACGCCAAGUACCUGACGGAGGAGUUCAAGAUGGGCGUCCGCAUCGGCAGGCCCCUGAGCAAGGACGUCGUGCGAGAAGCCGUGGAGGCCGCCGUGGCCGGGCCGGGCGCCGCCGCGAUGCGCGAGAACGCGGGCGCAUGGAGCGCGGCGGCGAAGAAGGCCGUGGCGGCCGGCGGGUCGUCGGACCGGCACGUGCAGGCGUUCGUGGACGAGGUUGUGGCGGGAGUGUGUGGCGCGCGUGCAGAUAAGGACCCCGUGGCUGCUGCUGCUGCUGCUGGGGAACAGUAAUGAGGUUCUUUCCAUUAAUUUGCGCCCUUAAUUAGCUGCUGUGAAGUGAGGGUUAAGGAUUAAUUAGGUUUGUUAUCAUCAUCGGUGGAGGAAAUUGUUGAGAGAUUUCUGAAGUUCAUAAGCGAGAGAAGAUCAGAAGACCACGCAACCUCAGCAGCUCUGUCUGUUUGUCGCACUCAUCAGGCCAUCAUCUUCGUGCACACACGAACUCGCGAGCGAUCCCCCGUAAUAAAGCAAUCAGCAGGUAAAUAAAGAUAUUGGAGUACAAUAAUUACGAUGUACUAAGCGUCAGCGCUAGGUAAACAAGGAAUAAUUACUAGGGGUGGUUGUAUAGGACGGCAUUCUUUGCUUGAUCAUCUUGUUAUUUUUCGCGUCGGGCAUACAGAGAGCCAGGCAGAGUCCACAUUUGUCAACCGUGGCCACAUACUAAAUGUCAAGAGAUUCAGUUAAGCAAAUGUGUUGUUUUGUGUUGGAAUU